CACAUGCUUCUCCGACUCCAGCUUGGCACACUUAACGGGACGCCGUGCGUUUGUGAGCAACAACCGUCAGCAUCCAGCUUUUUUACUCGCGAGCUUGCAGGAACUUUGCCGUCAUGGCUGAAGAGCAAAGAAACGUUGUUAUCGCAAUGGACGAAAGCGACUAUGCAAAUUUCGCCUUCGAUUAUUACAUGAAGCAAGUGUACAAAACUGGGGACCAUGUUGUCUUGUUGCAUGUGCCUGAAUAUCAUACAGUCAUCCAGUCACCAAUGGUGAUGACAGACGUAAGUGUGGUGACCGAUCUUCUACAGGAUGAGGAGAAGCGCAUCAAGACAUUCCUCGAGACCCUUGGCAAUAAACUUAAAAGUCAUGGGAUUGGAGGCAAGGUGAAGAGUGUAGGAGGCAGUGCAGGGGAAGUCAUCUGCAAGGUGGCUAAUGAUGAAAGGGCCAACCUAAUCGUGAUUGGCUCACGUGGUAUGGGCACCAUUCGCCGCACACUGCUGGGUAGCGUGAGCGACUAUGUCAUGCAUCACGCACACGUGCCAGUUCUCAUUUGCAAACAGGACCCUCAUCACCAUGGCCACUGAUCUGGCCUCAGCAGGGCCCAGUCAUCAGGAUAAUCAACCACCACCACUGGCUUAUAUUUUGUGCUGCAGGGAGUUUGUGAGCAAUGAUGGUUGUGGCACUUCUUUUCUCCAAAAUCCAAAGUUAUUUGUUGAUUCAAACCUUUUCAAACCAGAAAAAAGUUUUUGAGUGUUAUGUGAAGGGCAUUUUGUUUUGUUUUGGGUUUUUUUGAGUGCAUGUGUACAAUGAAAGUACUCCAUUCAACAUCAGAUGGUAGGAUCAUGAUCUACAUUAUGUGGCAGAGUGUCUCUAGGCCUUUCUAUAGCAGGUGCUGAGGAAAAUUAACAGCCUUCUAGGUUCAAAAAAGAGGGCAGCCUGCCUGCCUUAGUCUUAACACUGAUCCUACCUGGGAAAUGGUAGGAAGGAAUUUAAAUAAAAAAUUUGUUCAUGUUAACAUACAGCCAUGAACAGCAAACUUGUCUAUAAGACAAAUGGACCACACACUGUUAGUGACAAACACUUGUGAGAUAGACAUAUAGAGGUUUAUUUUGAACAUAAUACAGAUUUUUAAAAUUGACCAACAAAAUUUGCUUUAGUAAAAGGCUUGCAAUUCAUCAGUAGAAAUUUGAAGCAUAGUGAGUGAAGCAAAAUAUAUUUGACCUUAGAUGUUUGGUUAGAAUCACUUUUGUGCUUGCAGCUGUAAUACAGAUCUCUUUCUGAUGCUGGGGAGGAAAGAAAAAAACCGUUUCAUAAUGAAAAAAAUAUGUUGAUUAGGGCAGGAACUAGAUGCAACACUUUAAAUCACCCCUUAGAGCUGCUGAGUGUGAUAACUUAGAUAUUGUUAAAGAGCAGAGUAAGAUGGAUUGAUAAAGGCAAUUGACAAAUAAAUGAGCUAUAGAAUAAUGGACAAAGCUAGUAAAAACAAAAAUAUUGAAGACAGUAUGAAAAAAACCUCUUAUGGUUGAUGGUACCAGAGACUGUUUAGGGGAAAGAAUUGAAGGAAAGUAGAUUUUUGUUUUAAUUGGGACAUUUGUAAGAUCCUGAGAUUGGUAUUGAAAAAUAUUCAGACUAUAACGUAUUUUCAAAGAAUACUGCCCCCAAAAGAGUAUGUAUUGGCUUGCUAAUCAGAAAGUUUUACACUGAAUGUGACCAGGACAUAACAGUGAUGCAGGGAAUGAAACAAACCCGGCCACUGCGAAGACUUGCUUCUCUUGUUGAUAUGUAAGAUCUAGUCAUAGAGUUUAGCAGCAUGGUCUUAAAAAAAUCCUUUUUUUGAGAUAUGUAUUUACUUGCUGUCCCAGCUUCUAUGGGGGGCAGGUGACAAAAAUCCAUGCAAAUAUCUCAUUGAUCGUAUCUGAUGGUUACUUUAACAUAUGAUUUUUUUAAUUCUCAUUUUUGCACAUGCAAUGGAUCCAAAUGCUUAUUGCUCAGAUUACAAUUAUUACUAUCUUGUCCAUUUCAUGUGAAUUUUUAUUUCUAAGGGUGUACUUGAGAACUUGAUUUUCAUUUUUGUAUUUUUUUUCCCUUUUGUCUGAAUGAAGAACAAUUCUUCUGUGACCUAAUUUGCAUCCUUUCUAUUGUAGCAGUAUUUGACUUGGUCACCAGCCUGCAGCAAACAGGCUUCUGUCAUGUCUGUGCAGUGGGCCAUCUUUGUUAAAAUAUCUUUUCGCUGGGAUCAAGAGAAAGAGUAAAUGUACAAGGGCAGUAACUCUGCAUUGCAAAUCUUAAUGACCAAUUUGGUUAGCAUACAAAAUGUAUGCAAAUUAUCUGGUAUUUUAAAUUUUUACAUUAUUUCUUCUGCUCUAAUUUCACAUGAAGGUUGUAUUGUGUAUUCCUUGAGAAACUGUCAUUAAAUAUUUCUUGGCCA